GGCGACGGGGCAGAGCGGCCCGGCCGGGAGAGGCGGCGGGCGGGCCGGGGGGCUCGGCGGGGACCGCCCGGUGGCACCGCCCGCAGCGCCGCGGCUCUAUGUGAGAAUGACCAUGUUCUUGUGUCUCUUAUACUUCAUAUCUGGAUCUCAAAGUAACUGAAGUUUGAGGGAGACCAGUGAAUAUCCUGCUAUGUUAUGAGAAGCAUUCACCAACAUAAAGUGGUCUGGAAGAAGAUUUCUCUGAAGAAAAUCAAAGAGCAUAGAAUCCUUUAAUAAAGCAGAAGACAUUGAGAAUUUCAUAAGCUUUCAGCUCUCUGAGUCUUAAAAGAAAUGAACCGUUACACAAUUAUGAAACAACUAGGUGAUGGCACCUAUGGCAGUGUGUUGAUGGGGAAGAGCAACGAGUCAGGAGAACUUGUGGCUAUCAAAAGAAUGAAAAGAAAGUUCUAUUCAUGGGAUGAAUGUAUGAAUUUGAGAGAAGUCAAGUCUCUGAAGAAGCUAAACCAUGCCAAUGUAAUAAAAUUGAAAGAAGUCAUAAGAGAAAACGACCACCUUUACUUUGUAUUUGAAUAUAUGAAGGAAAAUCUCUAUCAGUUAAUGAAGGAUAGAAACAAGUUGUUCCCCGAGUCAGUCAUCAGAAAUAUGAUGUAUCAGAUAUUGCAAGGACUGGCUUUCGUCCACAAACACGGAUUUUUUCAUAGAGAUAUGAAGCCUGAAAACCUUCUCUGUAUUGGACCAGAACUUGUGAAAAUAGCAGAUUUUGGUUUGGCUAGAGAACUAAGAUCUCAGCCACCUUAUACAGAUUAUGUUUCUACCAGGUGGUACCGUGCUCCUGAAGUUUUGCUGAGAUCAUCUAUCUAUAGCUCACCUAUUGAUAUGUGGGCAGUUGGCAGCAUAAUGGCUGAGUUAUACACACUAAGACCUCUUUUCCCAGGCACAAGUGAAGUAGAUGAAAUCUUCAAAAUUUGCCAAGUACUGGGGACUCCAAAGAAGAGUGACUGGCCGGAAGGAUACCACCUUGCUUCUGCCAUGAAUUUCCGUUUCCCACAAUGCGUCCCUAUAAGCCUAAAAACUCUUAUCCCAAAUGCAAGCAAUGAAGCGAUACAGCUUAUGAGCGACAUGCUAAACUGGAAUCCAAAGAAGAGACCUACAGCAAGUCAGGCUUUGAAGUAUCCUUACUUUCAAGUUGGCCAAAUUUUAGGACCUCCUCCACAGUAUCUGGAGAAGCAGACUCCUAUUAAACCAGUUCAGCCUACAGAGACAAAGCCAGCUCUUCCUAAACUGGAAGCUAUAUCCAAGCCAGAACCUCGGUCUUCACCUGAUUUGCCUGACGAAAAACAGCCAGAGCCCCUGCCAAAGGUUAACCACCAGCCUCUCCAGCAAAUUCAGUUGCCUCAGAAUACAGCUAACCAGCAAGUACCAAAGCAGCAGCAGCCACAGGCACAACCCUUUUUUCCAGUUAUCAAUAAAAAUUCAUCACCUAAACAAGCAGCUAGUGGCCCUCUCAAUGUUGCACUAGGUCCUAAAAGCUGCAGAAGACGAUGGGGUCAGACUUUGGUAAAGGCUGUGGAUAGCUGGGAUGACUUGGAUGACCCUGAAUUUGGAAUGUCAUGUUCAAAGAAGCCUAGCAUUGCACCAUUAAAAGAAAAGAAAACCAAGGAAUUUAUUUUUAGUGUGCCAGAACCAAAGGCUUCAUGCUGUAUCCAGCCAGGAGGGGAAAAUAAGGUUCUGAUGAGAAAUGAUUCUGGAAGAUCAAAUACAUCAGCAAAACAGUACUAUCUAAAACAAUCAAGAUAUCUACCUGGUGUAAACCCGAAGAGUGUCUCUUUAGCAGCAGUCAACAGAGAAGGAUCACAAGGAACCUGGAACAACCAGUUAUUUUCUAAAUCACUAGCACAUGCUGGAGGAGGAUUGACUUUCAGCAGAAAUACUACAGAUGAGAACUUAAUUAUACCCAUUGAAAAGCUAUCAUGCAAAGAAAGGUUUAAUGAAAAAUUAGAAGAUCCAAAAGGAAAUCCUGGCUUUGUAAGUAGUGCUGCUUACAACCCAUCAGGAAUAUACACCCCCUCCUUCUAUAAAAAAGAAGUUGGAUCAGCUGGACAACGGAUACAGCUAGCACCUCUUGGUGCAUCUGUAUCAGAGUUUUCUUGGAAAACCAAAGCUGCUCGUGCUCCAUUACCAGGUCCUACCUUCAAUUCACCAGCAAAAAACAUGAGUAUCUUAACUUACCCGCCAACAAUUCAGCGAGUACAUGGAAGAACAGACUGGGUGGCCAAAUACGGAGGAAACAGAUAGAAAAUGUCAUCCUGCACAGAUACUACAUGCGCUGUGUUCGGUUCUCCUGCACUUGGAAACCUGAAAUGCCUAUUUGCUCUAACUUUUCUUAAGACUAUGCAAUAGUAAAGAAGAAAAAAAGACCUUGUGUUCUAUUACCUGUCAUAGUACACGUAUAAUAUCAUGUAAAAUACUGGCUAUAAAGUAGGAUGUAAUGAAGUAUUGUAUAACACAUAUUGCCAAAACUACUAGAAGUAGAUUUCAUUUGACAUUUUUCUACAGAUGAUCUCCUAUUCCUGUCCUCUUAAAAACAACUGUUAUGGUUGUUCAUCCAGUGCAACAUCCACUGUUGGGAUAUGCUUGAAGCACACAAGCAGCUAGAGGUAGGGCUGAAGCAGAGCAGCACCAGGCUUCCAGGUGUUAGGCUGGUUCCUUAGCAGGAAGAUGAGAGUGAAAGCACAGCUCCAGCUUUGUGAAGAAUACCAAACUCUCCUACAAGGAUUUCAGAACUCACUUGUAACUAAGAGUUACUCAGGGUCUGUAAGGUGCAAAUAUUCAUGUAGCAAUGAGAUCUUAAAUCCUUGUAAAUCCACUUAUAGAUACUACACAAAAAAAGUCUAAAAACUUGGCUGAUAUAUGGCUGUAAAAAGAUGUAGCAAUAUUGGAAAAUAGCUAAACAAGUACUGAAUGCUAGACUCAAGCAGUGAAGUGAAGCCUAACAAUUAGAUUCUGCUGUUAUAAUUAACUUAAUGCCAUUUUUUAAUCAAAGGCCUGUAGAGAUUUUCCUCUGUCCUGUCAAGGGAGUGUCACAGUGACCUUUUAAGGAGCCUGAAUCACUGCAGUCUAUCAGUUAUUUUAAGGGUGAAUUUGCCAAAAAUGCAUAAGUUAUCAAAAAAACUCCUGUUUCUAUAUAUCGUUCAUUGGGUGAUCAGACUUAAACUACAGAAGUUGAAUAAGCUACAUGAGGGACGAUAUUGGGCUGUUCUUCAAAAAUAUUGUUUUCUAGUUUAGAUCUUAAAGGCCAACUUAGGUACCUAAAAACACACAUAAACUUCAAUAAUUCAGUGUGUCGCUGUUUAUAUGCUCAUUCAGUACUUUCCCCAGCUUUUAUGAUAAGUUUUAUAAUAAUAUCAUGCAAAGGACUUUGCAAUGUACAAUAAACUGCUUUUUUUAGGAUGUUGAACUAGGUUACUUCUGUUAACAACUGCAUUUAGAAUAGAUGCUUUAGACUUAAUAGUUACAUUAAGCUUGCCCUUUUAAAGUAUAAACAGAGUAUGUUCUUUAAAGAUGUAAAGCUGUUAAUGAUUACUUUAAGCAUUGUAAAAAAAGAAAUGUAUUUGUAGGCUUUUAUAAUGGAUAUUAAAAUUUAAAUUCCUGUUGUUGACCCAAUCUUUCAUAAUAUAUAUGUUACAUUAAUUUCCUGGAAAGCAAUUUAAUCUAAAGCAGUUUUACCAAAAAGUCAAAUAUUUUGUUAUAAAAACUGCACCUAAAGGAAAUGCCACUUUAAUACUGUAAGAGCUAUACAGGGAUAGGGAUAUAUGGUUAGUAAUGCACUAGAGAGUUUAAUUCAAUUGCCAUUGGUCUAGGAUUAAGUAUUUGUCAUUCCCUUAGUACUAACAGAUGUUCCUAUGCUACUUAAAUGUGUCUUAACCUAUUUGUAGAAUAUAUCUGUAACUUGCCAUGGCAAUGAAGGACAACCUCAGACUCUUUGUAACAGGCAUUAAAGCAAUGGUUUUAUAAUUAAAAAACAAGAUAAAUUAAUCACUUGUCUCUAGUACAAGAUGCCAAUGAAUUAGUUACAAUCACAGCCUGGUCAAGGAAUUAACUAGUAAUGCAUCCAAAGCUCACAUGUCCCUAAGUCACCUAGAGCAGAAACAUAAACAGGUACUAUUUCUAGCACUAAAUAGGGCUAGAAGAAACAUGCUGUUGUUACUAUAUGCUAAUGAACCUUGAAAGGGCUUUGACAUAACUAAAACAGCCUUUACUUGUUCAUGAUCAAAGCAUGACCAGUGUUAAGAAAUUCUUCUUGCAAACAGCAAGAAAAGACUAAUGAGUUUCAUACAAUCAUUUUAAUUAUAAUUCAUUGAUACACAUUGGAUGGUUAGUGCAAAAAUGCCAUCUAAUGCUUUAAAAAUUUAGUAUGCUGAAAAAGUUUCAAGGGGGUAAAGAGUAUGUAAGACUAAAGCUUUUCUCUUGUCCCUUUGUCUAUAUUACUGCUGUUUCUCCUAAACAUGAAAAGUGGUAAUGAAU